AUGAACCAAGGACCCAAAGUCAACAGAGCAGGGCAGAGGUUACGCUCUGCGUGUACCGAGUGCCACGCGGCCAAGGUCAAGUGCACAGCGGAGAGCACAGGGUGUGCACGGUGUCUGCAAUCUGGCUUCGAAUGCAACUACGAAGUCUCCAUGGUUGGCAAAUGUCGCCGUCGUAAGCGUACUACCUCUUCAGACAUAACCACUCGACCUGUUCCAAGAUCAAGCUUUUCCACGGCACGCUCGAGCUCCGUUGCGGAAUCACCCUCUGAAUAUCUUCAACAACAGAGCACAGCACCAACGUCGCCAUUGAUGACUGGCUCUCGCGAUGGCUCUACGUCGAUGUCUAUCAACGACAAUGUCUUUGACUGGUCCAGUGACGGAGCACCCUCCAACCCGUUCGAUGCCGAGUUUGUCAACGAUUCUGCUCCAAACGCAAUCACUUCAAACGAUAACGACAUCAGUGUUGGCUAUGAAGAUCUGAUCAACGACCAUCUGGGAGUGGAUUUUUCAAUCCCCCACAUCGUUCUUGAAAACCAGGCGUCCAAUGCUUCCAGCUCAUCCGGCCCUUCCACCACCACCUUGCCGUGGACCAUCGACCCAGACUUGAUGACAUAUCGUGGACAGGCCUCGCUUCUCCGCCAAGACCUCGGAAACGACACAUCUUCCAGCAUGGGCGUGUGCUAUGCGGCCAUUGCACGACUCGACGCUCUAUGCCGGCAAUCGAAUCCACAGAUCGACAUGGUGGUCGGUGCAGUGAAGACCAGCGCCAAGGAUAUUGCCCAACUCAUGCAACUUACGUCGUAUCGGCGAAGCUAUACCGGCCCAUCGGUGGUGCUUGUUGCCGUCGAGCCCAUGGUGAAUCUGUUCGAGAUGAUAGCCCCGAGGGUCACUGGCCAAUACGAUCAAAGCUCAUUGGCCUCAAUGACGGAGCCCAGGCUUCCCAGUCUCAUGCUAGGAAACUUCAAGGCCGAGGGAGAGGAGGCAACGUCGAUCUGGAAGCAGAUUGUGCUUGCAGAAGCGCAUCGUCUUUCGAGACUCAUCGAUAUGCUUAGUGAUCAGAUCAACUCAGCGCAGGCCCAACCGCGGGGUUGGCGUGCGACCGGGUUUAGUUCCUCWUGCCACGAGCUGGAACAGCGUGUGAGAGCUUUGGUCAUCGGGCUGGAGCGGCCAGCCGUUUGUUAG